CUUGCGGUACAGAAGAAGAAAGAAGUAGCUAGCGGCAGUGUACACAAAUAUAGAAUGUACUGUCCUUAUUGUGGGUUCAAAUUUGGUGUUUUGCAGCUCAUGCGGAAAAAAUCUCGAGGUUUUAAAAGAGACGCGACAGGAAACGAUUUCGGCCGUGUCAACGGAUAAUGCAGGUGUAAUUAAAGCGAGACAGCAAUAGCUUAUCUUAGCUAUUGUUUUAUAGGCAUGGGAAAAUGAAGCCUCAUGAAGCAUUGAGAAAUUGUGCUGCUCGCUCUAUACCUGACCCGAAACUUCACGUAACAUAACUGUUGUAUUUAUAAGUAGAGCGAGUUGAAAACGUUAGCAGCAGUUAGUGUAUGACCAGCGUUGAUUUCUCUUUUUAGGUAACGUUAACGUUACAGGCGGCGCAGACUCAACACCUACGCCCACGUUAAACCAGUUUUUAGAAUACCGAAAGCUGAAAUCUAAGGAAAAGACCAACUUUUCCUUGAGCAUGAAGGGAGGAAACAAACAUGAGCAGAAGAAAGUACAGAUUAAUGUAGGCAUAAUGUGUCUGCAAAAUGGUUGCUUGAAACCACAACGAGGGAAAACACUCCCCUUAUACACAGACCCACAAGUAACCGCAAAUGAUGUCCUUAGAUUGGCUGAAAAAAAGUUUAAAGACUUUAAUAAAGACAUGGAGGAAGGACCUUACGUUCUUCUCUACCCAGAUGGGUCUGUAGUUGUUAAUGUUCCUGGAACACAGAAGCCCUUUACACUGAAAGACUACAAAUCAGAAAUCGGAAAGCCAUAUCAACGGAUAAAUUUGUUUAUUUGCAGAAAGAGUAACUUUGAAUAACAGAUUCUCAGUUCAGACUCUGACACAGAAGUUGUCAUAAGAACAAGGAAUUGUGAUGAAUCUAACCUGGCCGACACACUGCCAAUAACACCUCAGCAUUCAACCACACCAGAAAAGGCAGUCAGUAAUAAAAUUGAUUGUGCUGUUAAACCACCGCAAGGCAAUGUAACAGAGGUUAGUAGAAACAGGUUUGAACUCGCUAGUCAAACAAUGACCUGUUUCUGAUCCCUUGAUGCUGUUGCCUUUCCUCCUCUUUUAAAAUAAGUCACUAAUAGAAAUUGCUAGCUACAUUUCAGUGUUUGAAUCUGUAUGGCUUUUUUAAUGACACUUUUACAGUUCUAUAUAAAAAUACAGCUGUAAAGAAGCCUGAUUUCUGUUUUUUAAGAUAACACUCUCGGAUUCAGAGGACGACUGCCCAAGUACUUCAGACCAUGUUGCAAAAGAGAACCAGUGCUACAGAGAAUACAUGGAAGUGUAUGCACCAGCAACUAUUGAAGAGGAGGAGCUUGAAAUCUCGGCACAUUAUUUUGACCUCCCACAACCGCUAGAGGAAGAAAACAGUUUAACAGCUCCUGACAUCAUUUCAAACCUGGCCCUUGUCAUUGACCGAAAACAAGUCAGCAGAUUCAACAUAAUGAGAUCCAAUGUGUGGGAUGGAGCAGUCAGAGGGUUCAAACGUGUCUCAUACUCUGAAUUCACUGACAUGUUUGUGAAGUUCUCUGAUGAUGCUGGCUCGUUUGAAGAGGGACUUGAUACAGGUGGGCCGAGACGGGAACUUCUCACUUUGCUGAUGAGUUGUCUGCAGAAUCGGCCCAUUUUUGAUGGACCUCCCAGUAGUCGCUACCUGGUAUACAACGCAGUUGCUGUUAGGGAGGAUGAGUAUUUUUUGGCAGGGAGAAUGAUUGCUGUGUCGAUAGUGCAUGGAGGACCAGGGCCCCAUUUUCUUUCAAAAGACCUGGUAAACCACAUUGUAGACCAGCCUUAUUUCAGCGCCACUUUAGAAGAUGUCACAGAUGAGGGUAUAGUGAAAGUGCUGCAAGAGAUUCAGAAUGCAGCUACUUUGGAGUCAUUAAAAGAUCUGGUUUUGAAUAAAAGCACACUGCUACAAACUGCUGGGUGUUUUUGGUAUGUGAAGACCAUUGAGGAAAAACACACAAUUGUGAAUGAAUAUGUCAAGUGGUAUGUGAUUGACAGAAAUCACAGUGUUAUUAAAAGUUUCUGACAGCACUUCAGCAGCAUCCAAGUGUUUUGGCUUCUUUCUUGUGCCACGCUGAAAAGAAGCUUACAGCAACUGAUUUGGAAAACCUCUUCAAAGCAGAACUCAGCCC